AUGGGAAAUUCUCAACCAAAGAAGGGAUCUCUUAGUCAUGAACAUACCUUGUUCCAUCACUAUGUGGAAAACAGGUCUACAAAUGAACAAUGUGAUGUAUGCAAUGAGGAAAUCUAUGGUGUGGUCUAUGCCUGUGAAGUCUGCGAGUUUACACGGCAUGCAUCAUGUGCACAAAAGCGGAUGCCUUUAGAGAUUACUCACCCUUCCCACUCAAUGCACGAGCUACAACUACAAGAUGAGUCUUCGGAUUUCUUAUGUGAAAGAUGUUUCUCGUGUGUUUCUUCAAACAACGAUCAAUCGCUGAAGGAGAUGAAGGUCAGAUACCUGAAGGCAGGGCUCCAACCUACGCUGAAACAUAAGUGCCAUGAGCAUGAUCUUACAUAUUUUUCGAGAAGUACUGAAGAGUGUUUCAAUUGCCAUGCCUGUGGCCAUGAUUGCAAUGCCAAAAAGAACAAAGAAGGUGCUUUCUACCGUUGUGUACAAUGUAAUUUCAACAUCCAUUUCAGAUGUCUUCCAGCACCACCUGUGGGUAAACAUAGAUAUCACAGGCAUUUUCUCAUCCUCCAUCACGGAGUAAUUGAAGAUGAUUCUGGAGAGUAUUAUUGCGAUGUCUGUGAAGAAGAAAGAAAUCCAAAGCAUCAUAUCUAUUAUUGUAAGAAGUGCACAUAUAUUGCUCAUGUCGAAUGUGUUCUCAAAGAGGUUUCUGACUCUCAAGUGAGGAAAAUGAUGGACUUGGUGAAAAGAGUUCAACGGAGUAACGGAAAAUUGCCAGAGCUCAAAGAAACAUGGGACAAUAAUAUCGACAGGAAUCAAUUGUUUGAGAUGCAAUCGAUACAGUUUUUGUUAAAGGACCUUGAACUAGAGGAAAAGGAAAAGAAGAAGGAAAAGGUAAAAUAUUUUGAGAAGGAUGAAGAUGCAGAGAGUAGUACUUGUAGUGAUGAUGAUGAUGAUGAAAAGAGUGAUGAGGAAGGUAGUGAAGCAGAAGAGGAGGAAAGAGUAAAAAAGAAGAUGAAAACGAGGAAACGAGUGAAGAAGAAGAGGAGGAAGACAGUGAAGAAGAGGAGAACGACAAAGCGGAAACGAGCGAAGAAGAGGAGUUAG